GCAGUGUGUGUAUCGCAUUUCUAUGGAAUCUGUUAAUAAAAGUUUCUUUUCCGUUUUCCGGUAACUACGCGUGGUCGAAAUGGCUCGCGGUCCCAAGAAGCACCUGAAGCGGCUGAACGCGCCCAAGGCGUGGAUGCUGGACAAGCUGGGCGGGGUGUACGCCCCCCGCCCCAGCACCGGCCCCCACAAGCUGCGCGAGUCCCUGCCCCUCGUCAUCUUCCUGCGCAACCGCCUCAAGUACGCCCUCACCGGCUGCGAGGUGAAGAAGAUCGUGAAGCAGCGCCUCAUCAAGGUGGACGGGAAGGUGCGCACCGACCCCAACUUCCCCGCCGGCUUCAUGGACGUGGUGACGAUUGAGAAGACGGGAGAGUUCUUCCGCCUCAUCUACGACGUGAAGGGUCGCUUCACGAUACACAGGAUCACCGCAGAAGAAGCGAAGUACAAGCUGUGCAAGGUGAAGCGCGUGCAGACGGGCCCCAAGGGGGUCCCCUUCCUGGUGACGCACGACGGGCGCACCAUCCGCUACCCGGACCCCGUCAUCAAGGUCAACGACUCCAUCCAGAUGGACAUCGCCACCGCCAAGAUCACGGACAGCAUCAAGUUUGAGUCAGGCAACCUGUGCAUGAUCACCGGGGGCCGCAACUUGGGGCGCGUCGGGACCGUGGUGAGCCGAGAGAGGCACCCGGGCUCCUUCGACAUCGUCCACGUCAAGGACUCCCAAGGACACACCUUCGCCACCAGGUUGAACAACGUGUUCAUCAUCGGCAAGGCGACGAAGGCGUACGUGUCGCUGCCCAAGGGCAAGGGGGUGAAGCUGAGCAUAGCGGAGGAGCGCGACAAGCGUCUGGCCGCCAAGGCAGCCGCCUCGUAGCCUCCCCGCCUGUACUGCAACUGUGUAAAAUAAAAGCAUGCGUCAGGAGUA